AUGCAAGUCGCAACACCCUUCUUGAUUCAUAGAGAUAUCAAAUCUUCCGAUAUACUUUUAGAUGCAAAUUUCAAUGCCAAGGUCUCUGAUUUCAGUCUUGCCAUAAUUGAUUGGUCCCAAAAGAAGAAUUUGAAACUUUCAGGAACAUUGGGGUAUGUAACCUCGAAAUAUAUUUUAGAUGUCUUCAUCGGAAUCUUUGAAGAUCCUUCAAGAGCAGCUAGAGCUUACAUAAAAUGUGAUAACUUGAAGAAUGCACGAAAGAUGUUUGAUAAAACGCUUGAGAGAAUCAAUGGGAGACAUGAAAGAAGAAUUGCUGCCAAUGUUGGAUCAUUGCUAAGAGACAAGGAUGAUGUAAUCGUGGCUACACCUUAUACUGAUUCUAUUUUGGAGUACCAUGUUGUUAUUCAUAGCCAAAUAGAAAACUUGGGAGAUGGUUCAUUUUUUGUUAGCUGUGAUCAAAGAUAA